AUGUCAGGGUCUGGACGAAAAGACUUCGAUGUGAAGCACAUCCUGCGACUCCGCUGGAAACUCUUCAGCCACCCGUCGCCAUCCCCCGGCGGCCCUGCUGGGGGCAGCUGCCUGCAACAGGACAGCAGCGGCAGCUUUGAGCACUGGGGACCCAGCCAGAGCCGCCUGCUCAAAAGCCAAGAGAAGGGCAGCGUGAGCACUUUCUGGAAGAAGCCUUCUUCCUCUUCCUCUCAGUCCUCUUCUUCCCUCAACCCACUGAAUGGCACCUUGUUGCCGGUGGCCACGAGACUGCAACAAGGGGCGCCCCGGCAGGGCACCCACCAGCCUGCCAGAACUCUCUUCUACGUGGAGUCCAUUGAGGAGGAGGUGGUGCCAGGCAUGGACUUUCCUGGACCGAACGACAAUGGGCUGGUACUGCAAGAGCUCAAAGUGGAGCCGGCCAACGAGAGCCAGGCAACAGGUGAAGGAUGUGGACACAGGCUGUCAGGAACUGGACAUUCUCUGACACCUCAAAGUGACAUGGACUCCAGUAGCUCUGAAGAAUUCUAUCAGGCUGUUCACCAUGCUGAACAAACCUUCAGAAAAAUGGAAAAUUACCUGAAACAACAGCAACUCUGUGAUGUUAUCCUGAUUGUUGGGAACAGGAAGAUUCCUGCACAUAGGCUUGUUCUGAGUUCAGUCUCCGACUAUUUUGCUGCCAUGUUUACAAGUGAUGUUUGUGAAGCCAAGCAAGAAGAGAUCAAAAUGGAAGGCAUAGACCCCAAUGCCCUCUGGGACCUUGUCCAAUUUGCAUAUACAGGUUGUCUGGAACUAAAGGAGGACACCAUUGAAAACCUCCUUGCUGCAGCAUGUCUUCUUCAGCUUCCUCAAGUAGUAGAAGUUUGCUGCCAUUUCCUCAUGAAGCUUUUACAUCCAUCUAAUUGCUUAGGAAUCCGAGCAUUCGCUGAUGCUCAAGGAUGCAUUGAAUUAAUGAAGGUUGCUCAUAGCUACACAAUGGAAAACAUAAUGGAAGUUAUGAGAAAUCAAGAGUUUUUACUGCUUCCAGCAGAGGAACUCCAUAAACUCCUGGCCAGUGAUGAUGUAAAUGUUCCUGAUGAAGAAACCAUCUUCCAUGCAUUAAUGAUGUGGGUCAAGUAUGACAUUCAGAGGAGAUGCAAUGACUUGAGCAUGCUUCUUGCCUUUAUAAGACUACCACUGCUUCCUCCACAGAUAUUGGCUGACCUAGAAAAUCAUACAUUAUUUAAGAAUGAUUUGGAAUGUCAAAAGCUCAUUCUGGAAGCAAUGAAAUAUCAUCUACUGCCUGAAAGAAGAACUUUAAUGCAAAGUCCAAGAACUAAGCCUAGAAAAUCUACAGUUGGCACUCUGUACGCUGUAGGAGGAAUGGAUAACAACAAAGGAGCUACAACCAUAGAGAAAUAUGAUCUCAGAACAAAUCUGUGGAUCCAGGCUGGGAUGAUGAAUGGCAGGAGAUUGCAGUUUGGUGUGGCUGUUAUUGAUGACAAGCUCUUUGUAAUUGGAGGUAGAGAUGGCCUGAAGACAUUGAAUACUGUUGAAUGUUACAAUCCUAAAACCAAGACUUGGACUGUGUUGUAUUCAGUUGGCGGUCGAGAUGGAAGUUCCUGUCUGAGUUCAAUGGAAUAUUACGAUCCUCAUACGAAUAAAUGGAACAUGUGCGCUCCCAUGUGUAAGAGGAGAGGGGGUGUGGGAGUGGCCACGUGCGAUGGUUUUCUCUAUGCAGUAGGAGGUCACGAUGCCCCUGCUUCAAAUCACUGUUCCAGGCUACUGGAUUAUGUAGAAAGAUAUGACCCCAAAACAGACACAUGGACCAUGGUAGCUCCAUUAAGUAUGCCAAGAGAUGCUGUUGGAGUCUGUCUCCUUGGUGACCGAUUGUAUGCUGUAGGAGGCUAUGAUGGGCAGACAUACCUCAACACUAUGGAAUCCUAUGACCCACAAACUAAUGAAUGGACACAGAUGGCUUCACUAAACAUUGGGAGAGCAGGUGCCUGUGUGGUAGUCAUCAAGCAACCUUGA